GGCCGUUGCGUAACCACCAGAUCCAAUGGGAGCCUCUACACUCGAUAAGCAAUGACGGGAACAGAAGCCACGGAAAAGCCCAACGGCAAAGAGGCGGGAACCAAGGACAUCAUCAGGUCCGGAAGCGACACCAAGCCCAAGGAUCACCAUCCCACGCCCGCAGACGAUGUGCAAAAGGCGCCCAAGAAGCGCCGCAAGGUCAAUCAUGCCUGCCUUUACUGUCGCCGAUCUGAGAGACCUUGUACAAGAUGCAUCAAGCGAAAUAUCGGCCAUCUCUGCCACGAUGAGCCUCGCGAUACCGAGUCGCGCAAGGCCAAGAGCGUGCUUGGGACUUCGACCCUACAUGACUCCGAGUCCCAGCCGGACAUUGGGCGCAACGCUACGGACAAGACCAUGAGACCACCCGGUUUUAAUGGCGGUAUGAGCAAUGGAUCUGUCCAGGUAGCAGGUGCUGCAGCGGUAGGCCGGGGCGCUCCUCUCCAGCUCGUGCAACCAGGUUCUGUUGCUGGUAUACAAGCCAGCGCCCUUGGCGGUAGCAUGAAUCAAUUUGCCGGUCUUCCGGAUUCUUGGUUAACCACUCAAAACCACUAUCACGACAUGCACAACUUCCAUCCAAACUACAUGGUGGCACCUGAGGUUACGAAUGAAUUCAAUCUAUUGAACGAAUUCUUGUCGGCAGGCUUGCUUGAGGAGUCGGCCUUCAUGUCCGACGAUCAUGGCCUAAUAUUGGGGGCAAACCAGUCUGCGGUGUCGGGAUUGCCUAAUGCCAAUAAUAACGCCAACGAUGCUAGCAGUAACAGCAAGGGAAAUAGCAGCAGCAACAGCGGCAUGCUCCCCCCAAGUGCCACACAAGGGACCUCGAUGCUACCACCAAGUAGCGACCAAACAACGGCGAUAGGGAAGCCGGCGAGUACAAACUUGGAUAAUGCCCGGGAUGCAUACUAUCUUCAAGCGGCAGAUCCGUCCGGAAACGACACACCGGAGGAACGCAUGCAGCGCUUGCUACGAGCCAAGUACGAAGCCGGACUAUUAAAGCCGUUCAACUACAUCCUUGGCUAUAAGAGGCUCUCGGAUUAUCUGGAUGGACACGUGUCGCCGACGUCAAAACAAAAGAUUCUGAAGCAGAUCGACCGAUUCCGACCCAAGUUCCGCGAGAAGAUACAAUUAUUGACUGAUAUGGACCUGCUGAUGGUGGAAAUGUGGUUCGAGAGGACGCUGUUGGAGUACGACCGAGUUUUCGCCAGUAUGGCCGUUCCAGCCUGCUGCUGGAGACGAACCGGACAGAUUUUUAGGGGAAACAAAGAAAUGGCGGAGCUCAUAGGCGUGCCAGUAGAGAGUUUACGAGGGGGUCAAAUCGCCCUGCAUGAGAUCCUGACGGAAGAGUCGAACGUGAGAUACUGGGAAGAAUUCGGCACAAUAGCAUUCGACCCGGCUCACGAUACCCUGAUCACCGCGUGUUCACUCAAGAACCCCAACGAUGACAAGGGGACCAAAGUUGUGAACUGUUGCUUUUCUUUCAGGAUCCGUAGGGACGAUCACAAGAUUCCGAGCUUGAUUGUUGGCAACUUCCUCCCUCACGACCCAUGA